AUGGUCUGUCUGUCUAAUCGGUCUCGCAUCGAUCAGUAUUUGAUGGACAAGGUUCAAUCCAAAAGAGACCGGCUCUUCAAGGCCCAUAAUAGUCGACCACAACUGGAACUCACGUCAAUAUACAAGUCGAGAGACGCCAACGGCCGCUGGUCUGUUCAACUGGAAUCACCGGUCAAAAUCAAUGACCUCUCAGAGUUACGCCAGGUCGAAGAGACAGGCAACGAUGCCUCCGGGUGCAUUCAGAUCUACACAGUCCGCCACCUACGAUCUUGGACGACGCUGGACAUCUCAUACGAGACUAUCGAGCACCUCUUAACAGUCCAUAAUGUGUUCGAUCAUUUUUGGCGAUGCAUAUUGACGUUUGGGAUCAAAUUUCAGGAGAAUGAGUACGAUUUCCCACCCCUCCGAGCGAACAACGAGCAAAAUACCCAGAGCCGGGUUGAUGAGCUCGCCUACGUGAUCCGACGCGUGGAACCCAAUAAUAAUCGGACGGAUAAAGGAGUGUGUCCAUGGUCGAUACGUCAAACGGGAGUUUACCAUAAAAUGGUAUAUCCCAACCGAUAUCGUGAGAACUCAAUACGCAGCACGUCUGUCUUCAUCCUCAUUGCGCCUUCGCAUGCGGCGGAAAAAUCUAUCGCGCAGCGUCUCCCCGAUAACGUGUCUCAGGAUGACACAUUCGGCCAGGAUUUUCUUAUCCAUGAAUGCAUCGUCGGGGACAGUAUGAAAGGCUGGAUGGACUAUCAGACCUGGCUAGAGGACGAGUCCAAACAAAUAGCAGACCGAGUUUUAGUCCUCGAUAUCCUUCCGAGAGGAAACAAUGAGGAGCCUCGCAGCGUAUAUGUCAGUGCCGAAGACCGGCAGCGUCUGAAGCAAUUAGAUGAUUACAUCACCGAUAUGCUGGUUAUCCUCCAGAUAAUGGUCGACUCUAUCAGACGCAUCGGCAAGGCCUGCAGACGGCACUGCCGAACCAGUUGCACUGGCACAGGCUCUUGCUUCUGUAGUCACAAGAUCGAAGAAUUUGAAGAGUAUGCUGCAGAAGCUCAGACAUCUUUGAACCGCGCGAUGGUGCUAAGGGAGCGCGUUCAAUCCACAGAGCAACUGUGCUUGCACCUCUCAGAUCUGCUUGCUUAUGAAGAGGCAGCCGCUUUGACACAGCUUUCGUAUGCCUCCCGUGUUGAGAGUGAGGAGAUGGUGAAGCUGGCGGUCAGUACAGACGGCCUUCGUAUAAUCGCUUAUCCCUCUUAG